AUGUGAUUUUCAUGGGAUUUUUUUGUAAGUGUUAAGCUUGUUGCCAUUUUUCUGAAACAAACGACGUUCAGUUAGAUCUACUUAGGCUGCAAACGGUGCCAGUCGGCCUGAACAGCUGAGUAACACCAUUGGUGUUAUUUCAAAACAACUACAGGAAAAAUAAAAGCAGGCCAUUGCAACAGUAACGAAGAGUUGUGUUUUCUGAAUAGAUAAGGGGCUAUCUUUAUGAGCCAGAAUAUACAAAGGAAGAACUGUUGUGAGAGGAAAGCAUGGUGAGACAGAGCAGAGGGAGUAUUUUAUCUUAUGCCCUAUUGCCUCUGCUGCUAUGAGUAGAACUUGGUUAGGCUACAGCUCGACUGUUCGUCCAGGGGUAGGAGUCUGGAUUUAUUUCAUUAGCAUUGUGCCAUUUGUUUUCUUUCAAUCUAUCUCAUUGCGGUUUGUUGACAUCCAAACCCUGUGAAGUGAAUCAUAUAUUAUCAGUUACUUAAGAUUAGGAAUCUGUCAAUGCUGAGUCCCAGUCUAGUAUUUCAUUAAAUUUAAUCCAAUGAAUGUCAUGGGUGCUUCAAAACUCUGAAGCUUUAAGGUGAAAUGAAAUAUGACUACCGGUACAUGUCAUCAGUUUUAUACUUUGUUUCACAGUGACAUUCUGGAUGUUUCAGGCUCCCUUUUUCGUCACAAUGGCAGAUGUUUUGUCCCGACAGAUGUUCCUGUAGGUGAGCUGCAAUAAGCUGGUCCAACAUGUGGUUUACUAAAUUAGUUGUGACAACAGUAUGGAGAGGAGCUACUGGUUGUUGUAGAAGUUGCCUUUUGAUCACCCAAUUUACAACUGACUCUGUGCAUCCAAAUGUAAAAGAUUACUUAGUGUGAUACUGCAAAAAAACAAAUUCUCAGUUUAUUUUUUUUUUAAAAAAAGCUUCUUCUACUGAUUUGUUUAUUAAUUUCCAAUAACACUUUGUUUCUCUAUCACACAAUGAACUUGUUAAAUAGACCAUGUGUUACAAGAUAUGGGAUCAGAAACCAUACAUUAGCAACAGUGGCAAUAGGUAGAGUUGGUCAAAUGGUCAACAUAAAGGGUGAAACAGGCUUAAACUAAACUAAGUGGAAAUGCAGAAUUUGAAAAAAUUACUUGUACAAACCAUAAUGCAGUUUUGCAAGAAAACAAAUCUGUCUUGCUAAACAUUAGCUGUGGAGAAAAAAUGGCAAUGCACCUUGCUGGGAGUGCAGAUGUCAAAAUUAGGACAUUAAAAGAUGUAAUAAAGAACCCAAAUUAUUACCAAAUAUUAAGAUCAGGACAUCCAUACAUGAUAUAACCUAAACUGAAAACCAAGAAUUGUUAUAUAGCAACUAUCUGCAAAUGUAAAAACAUCCUUAUCUUUAUAGAGCUGAUUUGAUUAGCACAAUUGUUUCUCAUUUUUGUUUACUGCUUCCACUUUCAGCCUUGUUAUUCCAGCCUCUGUUGCACUGAGAGACGGGUCAGCAGUAAAACAAAUAUGAAGGGCAUGCGUAUUUGCUUCCACACUGGGAGUUUAGUCCAUGUUGACAGACCAUAAUCGCCUGCCAAAUGUCUCAUCUGACUGGCUAUGAGGUUGGUUGCUCUCUUCCAAAAACACAGCAGACCCCACUCUUCAUUAACAAAACAAAUAGAAAUACUCCCUACCAUAAAAACAUGAUAAACUGGCAAACAGCCACUUUGGUCCAGAGCAGACAAAUUUAAUAGACAGUUAUGAUUACCGCAGACGCCACACCUCCCCUGAUUCCAAGAACAACAGUUAGGCAACUCAAUUUACCUUAAUGUCUUUGGAGGAGAAAGCCAGCCUGCCACACUGAAGCAGCAGCUCGAUGCGAAUGAGCGCUCGUUACAUGAUAAUAGAUGUAUGUAAUUGCUGAAGUGUUGAUUGCUACCCCCCCUCCAAAAAAAACGAUUCCAUCAGUGCAGAAUUUUCUGUUUCAUUAAGCCAUGGUCAGAAAUAAUAAAAUAGCCAUCUGUAGACCAAAAAAAGAAAGAAUGGAGGCUGAUGGUAAGGAGCAAUUUAGAGACACUUAAGUUUUAAUGGUGCUUUAUUAAUUCAUCUAUCCUUGCUUUUCUGAAGGCCCCAUCACGGCUUUUAAUCGUGCUGGCUGUAUUAGUGAGUUUUUGCCGAGUGUGUGCUUUUUGUUGUUUAAUGCAUCACUGGCUGGCUGUGCACCAGCUCACCACUUGCUUUUAUGAUCAAACACUGGAAUCCACACUUCAUUGGGAAUGCAAAAGCAUCCUGAUACAGAAGCUUUAGAGUCACAAGUGCUGACUCAUCUUGCCUGGAGAAGAAAUGGAAGCUUUUUGUGUUUUGUUCGUAAAAGUGCUGUUUAACUUCAGUACCUCAGCUUGUAUGUUUGUGACGAUGUCACUCUUUCUUUUCCCUGUGCAUCACUAUGCACAUGCAUCCUCCUCAUUUGUUUGUGACAAUAGAGGAAGAAUAUGACUAAUCCAAGACGAGGCUGAUGGAGAGAGAAAGAAAGAGAGAGAGAGGGUCUUAUGAGCCAGAAAAUGAUGUCAGUAAAGGCGGCUCGUUUGGUGACGGUCUGUGUGCAGGAAAGCCCCUAUCAUGCCCAAUCAGCUGCUGUUUCUGCAUGACUAAUGCUGAAAUAACAUAUCAUUGUCAGACACGGCAUGUUCACACAGCUGUUUCAUUUUUUUUCUUCCACAGGCACUCAGCGUUAGCCUUUGAUGCACAUACACACUUUUCUGCACGCAAACUCAUCCUUAUCUUUCUGGAUGACACCAUUUUGCUCUCUAACAAUCUUGCUAAUUAUAAUUGUUAAUUAAUUCUCUGCCUGUGUCCUCAUCAGGAGACUAAUAACCUACAUUUCCAUUAAUUAGACCUUCAACCCCUCGCUCCCUCUCUCAGUCUCUGUGUCCCACACCAAUCCACCCCAUCGUCCCCCUGCUCUCCUGCCUCUCUCUUCCUGCCUCGUAGGAUCUGCGAAGGACCACAUCCGUGCAUGGACAGUGAUUACUCGUGUGUGUGUGUUUGUAUUUCUGACAUUGAGAGGGUAAGCAUUUGUUCACUCUGUAGGAACUGAAAUAUGAUUUGGUCCAAAACAGCUUGAAAGCAUUACGUUCUUUAGGCCUAAAGAAAUUGACAUUGUGGAAAUACGGAUUGUUUUUCUGUUGAGUUCGACGUAAAUAUUAAAACUCUGCCUCUGUUUGGGUUUUGGACCUUAACAAGUUUCCUCAAAGACCCUGGUGUUGGGUUUUACAAACACAUGUGGUUACAUAGCAAUUAUGGCAAAGCUGCCAUAUUUAAAGCUCACCAGCCAACAGGAUCUACUUGGGUUUCAGUGUUUGUUGCCCAAAGCACAUGCAAUGGCUUGAAAUCAGCAGGGUUUGUAAUUAUUGAACAACAUGGUGUUCAAACUGAACCUCUGCUGUUCUGCUCUGUGAUGCCAAAUACGAUAGUGGAUUUGCUGCUGGUAACCUCUGCAAGACAUAAGACCUGAACAAAGAGAGCAGAAAUUGUCUCUACCUUACAAAAAUAUGCAGAGGAGGGGCAUAAACUUUUAAUUUUGUAAAUUCUUGUUUUUUUUUUUUAUGUGGAGACAUUCAGAUUACAUUUUACUCUUAUUUUUCAAAUUUUGUCACCCAAAAAUUAUUUCUCUGGGAACAAAACAAUAAAUUAUUAUUAUUCAUCACAUAUUACUUCUCUGACGGUUAAUAGUUUGAGGCACCCCCAUUUAUCAUUUGCGUUUAGCAUUUUCCCAUGAUAACAUUUUCCUGGUUGGAGCGCACAGAGAGAGGGUUUUUUGAGUGUGGUGAAGCAUUUCUGAGUUAUUUUUUUCAGAAUUUUGAAUCUGAGCUUUUUCAGAACAGAUAUUCAUUUGAAAUCUCCUGCUGUGACCUUUGGAAAGAUUCCCAGUGCCUUUGGAAUAGAAACUGGCCCACAGCUUUUAGGGGUGACAAGUGUGUUAUCAAUAGUUUUGUUCAAAACAAUAAUUUUUUAAUGCACUCCCUCCACCCUACCUUAAUAAACACAUUCAAAUGUCUGUCUGGAUUUUAAAGGGACAUAAUAUUUAAAAGUUUAAUCCCCUCCAUCCACUGCUAUCGUCUCAAUAAAUCUUGUUCUCCUCCUCCCAUUGAAUGCUGAACUUAUUUGACUGAUGACCUUAUUUGUAACAUUUUUUGUUGGUGUGUGUGUAAUUACGAUCAAUAGCCUGCUAUCCCUUCUCAGAAGGAAACUACCAUUCCCUUUCGGCUCAGCUGACCUGGUUUCAGUGCAGAGUGGGGCACUGUUGUGUUUAUCAUGUCACCACUUGUUCUGAUCUCAGAUCAUUGAUAUGCAGUAGACAUGUUGCCGCUGCUCAUUCCUCAGGCCUGGUGAUCGUCACGUCACACAGAUCAAAUCUUAGACCAGAACCAAAUUGAACAUUCCUCGGAUUCUCUGCCUCUGUUGUUGUUGGAUGUUUUCUGGUCCAAGCAGGGCUCUUCCUCUCUUCUUCCUCUUCCUCCUUCUGUUUGGCUCAAUAGGAAGUAGGAAGCAGUUGGCACUUGAAUACUGUACUGAUUGUGGCAAAAUGGCAGCUUCUGCUUUCUCCAUCCUCCUUGCUGUGGUUCCCUCACCCUCUCCUGAGAGAAGUAACCCAGAUUUCAAAAUGAAUCGCCGCCUAUUCCCCUCAAUCUUUCUCUCUCUCGCUCUCUCUUUCUCUACUUUUUCCACGCUCUCUUUCUCUCUUAUUCUCUCUCCAUCUUUCAUCCUCUUCCUCGUAAAACCGAAUCAAUCUUGGAAAGAGAAUACCACCUCUCCAUCUCGUACUCCCACUCACCCUGCCUCCGGGUUAAAGGAUAUAUACCACUUCAAUCCUGUGUUUGCGUCUUUAAAAACUUGAACCACUCCAAUUGCCUGUUGCAUUCAUUUGAAGUUAUGUUGUCCUUUUUCGUUUCUUGAGCUGCUUCUCCUCUCCUAGCCGUUGCUUUUUCUGGCUUCUCUACCUCAUUUUGGGGGUUUGUUUGUUAUUUUUUUCUUGUUUGAGUUGACCAGCCACAGGUGCACCCCAAAUUUUCAAUUGAAGGCAUUCAGACGAAGAGUCAAGGACAGGAAGAGGGACGACUGUUUUUGGCAAGGAUUUUCUUACAAACUAAGGUAUUUUAAGUACAGCUUGGUGCACAUCUUUAGUAUUUUCCAUCACGUGUUUGUAUCACUAGACCAUUUUUAAUUCCAUUCAUCUAUUUUAUCUGCUUCUUUGCUGAAACAUCAUCAUUUUAUCAUUUUUUUUUUACCUAGUCUUAUUUAUUUAUUCAUUGAAUCUCAUUUAUCAUUCAGCAGCAUGCAACUCACUUCUUCCAUCUAGUAUUUGCCAUUUUGCAUUUUUUCUCUGCACGUCCCAUCCCUGCAGACGCGCUCAUGUUAUUCUGGUCCAAACUUUUCUGCAGAAAUAGGACUAAUUGCUAAUAAGGGCAGGCAGGAAGACGAUGAGAGGAUGCAGGCUCCAAUACUGAAGCAGCUGGUGGGGUGUUGUUGACAUGGCAACAGGAGGUAGUUGACAUAACGACUGAGGUAUGGGUGGAGGUGUGGGUAUUCAUAGCAAAUGAGGGGUGUAGCAGGAUGGACAGCCAGUAUGUGGGACACACAGCAAGUAGAGCUAAUUGUUUAGCUUCUCUGAGUUUCUCAGGAGACUUUUGUCUGUAUUUGAAUUAACCUUCCUGUCUUCUUCAUCAUGCCUCUCCUUUUUCUUUUCAUUCGCUUUGUCCUUGUCACUCUCUCUUCACUCCUUCCAUCACCUUCUUCUCGAUCUUUCCCUUCAUCACGCCACUCUGUCUCUGGUCCCUAUCCUACAUUUCUUCUUCCAUUAAUAUCACUCCUGUCUCUGCAUGACCUAUUAUGUCCUUUGUCCUCCAUGUCCUUGGCCUCACCUUCUCCCGUCACCCACCUUCCCCAACACACAGCUCUCAGCCUCCUCUUCCUGCAUCCCUCAGACAUCAUGUCCACCCCGGUUUCCCCGUCCCCCUCUCUCUCCCCCCUGACGCUGACCUCCCCCACAUCGCCAUCCUCCGCGCUGCCCUCGCCCCUCUCCCCUCCGCCCAGGGUGCCUGUGUUUCAGAGGAAGGGAGCGCUCAAACACAAGAGGAUUGUCGAGGUGAAAGACCAUCAGUUCACAGCACGCUUCUUCAAGCAGCCCACCUUCUGCAGCCACUGCACCGACUUUAUAUGGGGCAUCGGCAAGCAGGGAUUCCAGUGUCAAGUUUGCAGUUUUGUGGUCCAUAAAAGAUGCCACGAGUUUGUCACCUUCACAUGUCCCGGAUCUGUGACUGCCCCCAGGCCUGAUGACUUGAAGAGUCGACACACAUUUAAGAUCCACACAUAUUCCAGCCCCACGUUCUGCGAUCACUGUGGAUCGCUGCUGUACGGACUCAUACACCAGGGCAUGAAGUGCACCAGUUGCGACAUGAAUGUCCAUCGGAGAUGCGAGACCAGUGUUCCCAGUCUGUGUGGUCAGGAUCACACGGAGAAAAGAGGGAGAAUCCACCUGACCAUCAGAGGAGACAAAGAGGAUAUCUAUGUCACAGUUCGGGAGGCUCGCAAUCUGAUGCCCAUGGAUCCGAAUGGUUUGUCAGACCCAUAUGUGAAACUAAAACUGAUUCCAGACCCAAAAAGCCACAGCAAACAGAAGACAAAGACUAUCCGCUCCACACUCAAUCCGGUCUGGAAUGAGAGUUUCACCUUCUCAGUGCGAGGCAGUCAGUGGGACAGGCGUCUGUCUGUGGAGGUGUGGGACUGGGACCGGACGUCCAGGAAUGAUUUCAUGGGAGCGCUCUCAUUCGGCGUCAGCGAGAUCUUCAGACGUCCUAUAUGCGGUUGGUUCAAGUUGCUUGCACAGGAUGAGGGGGAAUACUACAAUAUCCCAGUUCCAGAUCCAGAUCUGCAGGAACCUCAGCUUGAUGCUACAACGCCCUCUCUGCCUCAGGUGUUGGCCGCCCCGGUGCCAGAGCCUUUCCCCGUGGUCUUGUCUCCGACCCCCAUCCCGUCCUGCCCGCCCAUCCACUCUUCGGGUCCUGGCAAAGUCAGAGUGGGCAUCCAUGACUUCAAUUUCCUCAUGGUGCUGGGCAAAGGCAGCUUUGGCAAGGUGCUGCUGGCAGAAGAGCGAGGCAGCGAUCAUCUGUUUGCAGUGAAAGUCCUUAAAAAGGACGUCCUCUUCCAGGACGAGGACACGGAGAGUGCUCUGGUGGAGAGGAGGGUUCUGGCACUGCCCUCACGUCCCCACUUCCUUACAUCGCUCUAUUGCGCCUUCCAGACCGAGGAUCGUCUGUAUUAUGUUAUGGAAUAUGUCAACGGUGGAGAUCUGAUGUUUCACAUUCAGCAAGUCGGGAAGUUCAAAGAGCCCCAUGCAGCGUUUUAUGCAGCAGAGAUCGCAGUUGGCCUCUUCUUCCUCCACAGCAAAGGCAUCAUCUACAGAGAUCUAAAGCUGGAUAAUGUGCUGCUUGACAGCGAGGGCCACAUAAAGAUCGCUGACUUCGGGAUGUGCAGGGAGGGCAUGUUUGGGGGCGACACCACUCGCACGUUCUGUGGCACUCCCGACUACAUCGCCCCUGAGAUUGUGGCAUAUCAGCCGUAUAAUAAAGCAGUAGACUGGUGGUCUUAUGGAGUACUAAUGUAUGAAAUGCUUGCAGGACAGCCGCCGUUUGAUGGCAUCGACGAAGAGGAGCUGUUUCAGUCCAUAAUGGAGCAGAGUGUCUCCUACCCCAAAAAUCUCUCUCGGGAAGCUGUGGCUAUCUGCAAAGGACUCCUGACGAAGCACCCUGCAAAGCGUCUGGGUGGAGGAGAGGAUGCCGAAAGGGACAUCAAGGAGCAUCCGUUCUUCCGUUGGAUAGACUGGGACCGUCUGGAACGGCUGGAGAUACCGCCACCGUUCAAACCCAGAACUGGCGGGAGAAAAGGCGAGAACUUCGACAAGUUCUUCACAGCGGCCCCAUCCGUUCUCACCCCAUCGGAUCCAGAUGUGCUUGCAGCCAUAAACCAGGAGGAUUUCCAGGGAUUCUCCUUCUUCAACCCAGACUUUGCUCCGUUACCUCUCACAGCUAUUUGAAAACUGUCACCCCCAUUUCCCCCCUGUUGUUUAUCAGAUAGUAGUUUUAUAGCUGAGAGCCAGAGUAUGAAAAUUAGAAGCAAAUAUUUCACCUCUUGUAACAAACUUCUGACGUUUACAUUAAAAUGCCAAGACAAGUCAAUAUUCCCUCACUCUCUAUGACAUGUGUAUGUCUUCUUACUGCAUGUGUAUUAACCAUGCCAGUGUCACGGCUUGCCACUCUAGACUUCUCUUUUUUUUAAAAUAAGAUCUGUCCUAACCUGCUGUGAGACUAUUGUAGUGUCAGACAGAUAAAUGAAUCUCUUUGCAUGUGAAUAGUUUUUAUAGAGCUAGAAGGAAGAUAAAAGUCCUUACUUUUCUGAACAGGCAAUUUACCAGUAACAUCUUUAUUCAUACAGCUUUGGGAAAAUAAUAUGCAAAAAAAUCUUCUUUUUAUAAAUUACAUUUUCUUAAAGGUCUAUUUAGCUCAAAUGUGUUCCCAUCAUAGAUGGCCUCCACAGCACCUAAUUGUGCAUUUUGAAAUCUUGAUCUAAACUGAUAGACUUGAAAUCUAAAACUGACUCAUAGACUAUAAAGCUAUCUAAAUGGUUAGACAUGUUUCUCUUUCCCAAUUUGAUUACAUAAUCAUAAAAAAGACUCACUGGGGCUUUUUAGCCUGCCUCAACCUCUCAGUUUAAUGUCAUGACCUCAGCUGAUUCAUGAAGGUGCAUAAAUGACGCAGUGGACGCAGUGUGACAGUAACUGUAGGCAACAAUGCUGCCCUCAAACUGCUGGACUUUGAGUUGCAUUACUUUAAAUUAAACACCAUGUCUGCAUUAAAGCUGGUCCUUGCAAAAGCAUUAAUACUCCAUAAACGUUUUAUUUUCACAUAUUUAUAUGUUACCACCACAAACAUUAGUUGAUUUCAUUUGGAUUUAGGAGCGACCAACACCAGUGGUGUUAAGAAUUGGGAAGAAAAAUGAUGCACGGUUUUCACAAAGGUUUGGUAUGUAUUCACCUCUCCCCUGUCGAUACUUUGCAGAACCUCAUUUUGAUGCGAUUACAUUACAUGUUUCUGCCAGCUUCACAAAUCUAGAGACAGAAAUUUUGAACAAUUCUUCUUUCCAAACAACUCAAGCACAAUUGCAUUGGAUGUGAAAACAAUUCUUGAAGGUUUUCCAUGAAUCUGGACUGUGACUGACCCAUUCCAACACAUGAAUGUGUGUUGAUCUAAACCAGUGCUUCUCAAUUCCAGUCCUCCGGCCCCCCUGCUCUGCAUGUUUUAGAUGUACCUCUGUUCCAGAACAGCUGAUUCAAAUGAUUGCAUGACCAUCAAGUGGUGCAGAAGCCUGUUAAUCACCCAUAUAUUAAAUCCAGUUGUGUAGCAGAAGGGAAACACCUAAAACCUGCAGGACAGGGGGGCCUGAGGACCGGAAUUGAGAAGCACUGAUCUAAACUAAUGUAGCUCUUGUUGUUUAGAAAUAUUAUCACAUUCUUUUGUGACCUGUGACAGAUUCUCCAGAAUUCCCCUGUAUUUAGCGCCAUUAUUCUUCUUGUUAACUCUGGUCAGCUCCUGCAAACAAAAAGCAUCCCCACACAAUGAUGCGGCCACCACCGUGUUUCUCGCCUAUAUGGAGGUCAAAAAGUUCAUGUUUGGUGUUAUCUGACAACUGACAAUUUCUAUUUACAGAGAAAAUCUCAAAUCCCUUUUUCUUCCACUUUACAAUUUAUUUGAUUGUGUUCAGUCAAAUCAAUCAAAUUUUAUUUAUAUAGCACAUUUCAGCAUCAAGGCAUUUCAAAGUGUUUUACAUCAAAUCAAACACAGAAACACAAUUAAACAUAGAAUCAAGAAUCAAAACACAACAUUAAGUCAAGUUCCAUCAAUAAAUUUGUAAUUGGUUAUGUUUCAAAUACAAUCCUAAACAGGUUGGGUUUUAGUCGAGAUUUAAAGGAAAUCAGUGUUUCAGCUGUUUUACAGUUUUCUGGAAGUUUGUUCCAAAUUUGUGGUGCAUAGAUGCUGAAUGCUGCUUCUCCUCGUUUGGUUCUGGUUCCGGGGAUGCAAUGGUAAAAUACAAUGAAGUUGAGUGUAAUGGGGCAAAUUGUGAAAAGGUUUAAGGGAUGUAUUUUUGCGCGGCACCUUGAUUAGACCCUUUGAUUGUUUUACUGCACAUUAAGAAAACAUUACCCUUCAUGUUGUCUUAUCCAAACAAGCUCGUUGGCUUGUUAAAGUACAGAAACUUAUGUUUUUAUCUGUGUACACUGGAAAGCUUUUUGCUGUGUAAUGACAUACAGCACACAGCAUCGAUUGGGAGUAAUUAGAAGGGAGGCUCAAUGGGACUUUUCAAUACGUGGAAAAAAAUAAUACAAGCAAUGCGUUUAUUUAAACCUGCCUGAUCGGAGCAGGUGGCUGCAGCGUCUCCAAUAUAGUCCCACAAAUGAGUUUUAUUUCUUUAAUAGAACUUAUGCGUUAUGGGUAACCACUUUCUGAGUGUUUCAGUACAGUAGAGACAAGAGAAGUACAUAAUAAUCAGCGACCUAUUAUGGCUAGUUUAUGUAUUUGUCUGUUGAGUUAACUUCUUUUGUUUUCAUGUGCUGGAAAAAUAACUUCAAAAAUAAACCAACUGAGAAAGUCACA